GCGAAGAUCUUCCGACGAUCACGAAUUGUCAACGACUGAUUUAAUCCAGUCGAUGAGCAGUCGAUCGUGUCUGUAGCGUCAAAAUGGAGGAAACAACAGGAAAGGAAGAAGAGCUGCAGAAAUUUCUCGGGAAAGUCGAUGAAAUUGACUCUAUUAUGAAAGAUUUAACAUGUGGUGACCUUGAAAGACAAAACAAAGCACUCUCUGCAGCAGAUGAGUUCUUGAAAAGACACAAAGCUGAAAAUGAUGAUGAUUCUGAUGAUGAAUGCAGACCAGUAAAAAUGACAUCUGAGAGAACAGUUAUUUCCAAAGAAGGAGAAAGGAGGACAUUAGAUCCUUCAACUGCUCUUGGUGAAAUGAGGGAUGCUGGAGAAGUUUGUGCUGAAAAGUUCAUGAAAGCAGUUGAAGAAGAUGCCAAAGAGAGGGCAAAGAUAAAAAAGAGAUCUGAAGCCGAAGCUGAGAAGUUAAAAGGAAAAGGGAAUGAUGCUUUCAAGGAUGGUAACUUUACAGAAGCCAUCAGCAACUACACUAUGGCAAUUGCUAAAGUUUGUACUAAUCCUGUGCUUUACACAAACAGAGCUCAGGCUUACAUCAAACUUGAUGACUUUGAUUCUGCUAUCCAUGACUGUAAUCUAGCUUUGAAGAUUGAUCCAAAGUGGGUGAAAGCAUUUGUUCACAAAGCCAGAGCUCUGCAAGCACAAGGGAAGUUUGAUGAGGCUGUAUCAGUUUUAAAGAAUGCUAUUGAAGUUGCUCCAAAGCAAGAAAAGGUUUUAAAAGUGUAUAUAUCAGAGGCAGAAUCAGCAAAACGGAGGCUUCAGGAUGAAAAAGAGGCUGCCACCCUCGCUGGAGAAGGAAGUGGAGAAUUAAUAAAAGAAUCUAUUAACAGACUACACAAAGGCAGUCUUGCUACGUCACAAUACAUUGAAUCAACAAGGAAGCUAGUUUCACUUCUAGAUAGCAAUGCUAAUAAAACAUUAUUUAGAUGUUAUGGAGGCUUUCAAAUCAUAGAUUACAAUAAAACAUUUAAAAAAUAUUGGGAAGGAGCAGAUGUGUGUACAAUGUUAGAGGAUAUUGAUUUUAUGUGUGAAAUUUUAAGGAUUUUGAUGGAAGCCUGCACUGACAAUGAUCACAAUGUGGAAGAGUUUCUCAGAAAGGAUCAUUCCCCAUCAUUCAAUCUUCUCUUAAGAGACCCAACUUCUCCUGUCAUUAGAACUGCUGCUACGUCCUUCCUCCAUCAACUGUCACAAACUGAAAAGGGAAGACUUGGUCUUACUACAUAUAAACAUAUCAAAUGGGUAACAGAAGCCUUAUUUUCACUUGUACAAAGGGGAAACAAUACAGCUGUUGUGGCAAUGUCCACAAUUAAUAACUUAGCCUUGGAACAAGGAUUCUGUGAAAAAAUUAGAGAUCUGGUUGACAAGGACUUUCUGGGCAUCUCACAGAAAUUUGUGUUAAAGUUAUGCGAAGGCAACCAAAAAACAUCUCACGAACCUACAGAUAACUGGUCUCUGGUGUCGUCUGGUUUAUCAGCUUUGGCUAACAUGGCCAGGGACACUUACAUAAGAAAUAAGAUUGCAGAUGAACAGGCAUGGUGGGAAACUAGUGUCAAGUUCCUGGAUUGCCAUAUCUGUGGUAUAAAAGACCAGAAAGUACGAUGUUCCAUCUUUUCUCUUCUUGGUUUGCUAGCAAAUAUAUCCACACAACCAAACCAACACCAGAAGGAUGCAGCUCCAAGGUUGAUUCCAUCACUCAUUGAGAUGUUAAACACAGGAUAUGAUGAAAUCUGUGAGCGCAGUCUUGCUACGAUUAGACAUCUACUGGCUCACUCAACCGAUGCAUUAAAUCAAGCUUGUGAUCAGAAAAUCCACAUCCACGUUUUGCGCAUUCUUAAGUUGGUUAUUCUUAGCAGCCAUUUUCAGGUGGGAUGGGGGGCAAGCACAAGGGAAACUGUGAAGAAAUAUGCCAUCAAGUCACUGGCACUGUGCACAAUGGAGAGAAAAGAUGCCAGAGAAGCUGUCUUAAGUGAGAAAGCUUUGGACUUUUUAGUGCAACUUCUGCACUCUACAGAUGAAACCAUCAUAGGAAAUACAUCACUAUGCCUUGGUCACUGUGCUGAUAUGGAGGAAGUUAGCCAGUAUCUUGCUGGUGUUGGCGAGGUAGUGGAAAUUCUCCUGAAGCAUGCAACAGAUGAUGAGUUGAGCAAUGACGUAAAACAAAAUGCUGCCAUUUGUUUAGCUAAACUUGCCACAGCAGACAAAAGGCAUCUUGACAAGCUGAAGGAAAUGCAUGGACUUGAAAUUCUUCACUCAGUAAUACAAAACACAAACCUUAGCUGACCUAUCAGUGGUCCACUGCCAGUGCUUUCAAUAAUAUCCUGUCUGUUACCUAGCAUUGGCUAGCUUCCAUGGAGGCCUCUUCAAGCUUGUCUAAUUACUUGCAGAGCUUUUAGCUGUGGAAGUGACGGUAUGAAGCAGCAUGGGAGGAAGUAGAGAAAGCAGAAAAGCAUUUAUUCAUGCAUGCCCUGUGCCACGCAGAACAACAUCUCAACUAUGUUACCUACUGAAAAGCAAAGAUGUACCUAAUUGAACAUUUUAUCAAAGUGUAUAUAGUAAACGUAUGGACUCCUCUAAGAGGCCAAAAUUCAGCUGAGUUACUUUUAAUUUUAUAGUAAUGAAAAGCAAAUUAAAGUGACUGAACCUUUGAUUUCCAUGACAUUUAUUACUUGACCCAGUUUGUAGGAACAUAACAUAUUUGAAUAUUGAUGUAUUUGAAUGCAAGGUGCUUAUGACAAACAGUCAGUGCUAAGAUCAGUUAAUUCUGUUCCACAGUUAUUGGUUCAUUAGUGCCAGUGAUGAACUCUUGUUUCUACAGCAGGCUUUGCUUGCAUGUUAAAUAUAAUAUUUAUUUUGGAAAAGUGUGCUAUACUUAAACAGACAGGUAUUUAAUUUAAAAUAGGAUUACCAGUAGUCUGAAGGAAGUAGAAUGUACAUGUGAUACUUGUCUCCAGUCUUUUGGCAUUUUGCUGAUGUUUGAAGCAACCAAAUUGGCAGAAAAGCAGUCUGCUUUUUGAGUUAUUUUAUUUAUUACUUGUAAACAUUAAAUGCUUUCCCCGAUAUUUUACUGUUCUACUGCUAGCCAACUGUAGCAUAUGGUACUGCCAAUUUCUGGGGUUUCAAUUCUACUAUAACUAUAACAGCUUACUAAAUACCAUUACAUAAUAACAAGACCUCUAAGAUUAUUUAGGCCUCUUGUAUUAAUUGGCCAUGUCACCCUCAAAAAGAUAGUUUACGAUAUAAAAGUCAGAAAACAGCAAGCUAAUUAAGGGACUUCAUUAAGGGCCAGACAUUGGGCAAAUUGGCAGGCUGACAUGAUAGUUUUGCCUGCCUGGUUUGACCAUACAGAGGAAUGUUUUCCUUAUAAAAAGUUCAAUUCAAAAAGUUUUGUCUGCCUAUGAAAACCAGUUGUCCUCCUGUUGAAAACAUUAUUGAAACCCCUGGUUAAAUAUAAAGUAAACAGGAAAAAAGGAAUGGCCCAAAUUUGAGAAAUGAACUUUUAAGCUCAUAUGUUAAAGGUAUAUCAUUUGUGCAGUGGAAUUCAUCCUUUCAGAGUAAGAUUUUCAGUUGGUUUUAACAUGAGCAAGGUCAAGACUUGCAUACAAAGAGUAACCCUAGGGUAGCCAUCCAGUUAUUAUCCUUAUGUGAUUCAGGCAAUGAUGCUAAAGCUGUGUGUGAAAUGAAAGUCGCUCGCAUUUUAAUUGCAUUUCAGAUGUUAUUUUCUGUACAUACUGUAUAUUAGUAGUCUUAAGUGGUUUGUAAGUAAUGUAGUAAGGUAUUUUAAUACCGUACAGUCCUGUCAUCUUGUUUGAUGUGCUAAUACUGCACAUUAUUAAAGAAAUCUUUAUAUUUUCUCGGUAA